AUGCUGUCCGCCCGCCUUAUACGCCAGCUGGCCGAUAGCGCCCUGCUCGGCCGCCUCCCCGUCGUCUUCGCCGCCCCCCACCGUCUCUCGCUCUGCUCGACAGCUACUCGCCGCGCCGUUUCCACAGCCGCAACCUCGUCCCGCCAUGAAGCUACACGAGCUGCUGCCCUUCCAGCAACACGCCAAUGCGUCCGCUUCUCAUCUUCAUCCACGCGCUGGAAGAGCCGCCAGGGCCGCGACCAUUUCGCCAGGGAAGCCAAAAUCCGCGGGCUCAAGAGCCGCGCCGCGUUCAAGCUGCUCGAGAUGAACCAGCGCUACCGCCUCUUCCGCGCCGGUAACACGGUCGUCGACCUGGGCUACGCGCCGGGCUCGUGGUCGCAGGUCGCCAUUGACCGCACCCAGCCAGGCGGCCGUGUCAUCGGCAUCGACGUCAUUCCCGCCCAGCCGCCCCGCGGCGUGUCGACGAUACAGGGCAAUUUUCUGAGCGAGGCCGUGCAGGCCGAGGUGAGAGCGUACGUGCAGGAUCCGGAGAGGGGGAGGCCGGUGAGGAGGCAGGUCAUUUGGUCGGGAGACGAGGAAGCAGAGGCCGAGGAAGAUGGGGCUGUGGAGCACGGUGAGCAUGCGGAGACGAAGGGGUAUACGGAGGCGGAAUUGGAGCAGCAAGAGAUGGGCUACAUCGAUCGCGAAAGAAGGGCUCCGUUGAUUGCGAGGGAGGAUGAAGAAGACGGUCAUUCGCACGGUGAAACGGAGCAUGCGGUCGGAACGGCAACGGGGGCUGGAAAGAAGAAGUCGGGCAGGCGCGCGGAGGAUGAGGCCAUGGGCCGCGUGGUCGAUGUUGUGCUGAGUGAUAUGUCCGCGCCCUGGGAUCAGACGUCCGGUUUCCACAAGAGGAGCAUUACUGAGCCCUAUCUUAGGAUGAUGAAUACGAGCGGAAUGGCGUUCAGAGACCACGCAGGCAGCAUGGAUCUUUGCAAUGCCGCCCUAACCUUCGCUUUCGACACACUACGCACCGGCGGCAAUUUUGUCUGCAAGUUUUACCAGGGCGCCGAGGACAAGGCGCUUGAAAAGAAACUGCGCCGCAUGUUUGAGAAAGUCUUCCGCGAGAAGCCCGAGUCUUCGAGAAGUGAAUCUAAGGAGUCCUUCUUCGUUGCCUUGAAGCGGAAACCGGACCCUACGAAGGAAGAGGUCUUCGGAGAAGUUUGA